AUGUCUGCCACGACCACUACAACCGCUACGAGGGGCUCCCUGUCCGUCCUGGCCGACUAUGAGGUUCACCACAGCGGAUCUGAACAGGUCAAUGCGCCUACUACACAUCUGCGCAUGUCGAACCAGCCUCGGAAUGGCCGUCUCACUGGCGUCGGAUGCCAGCCCGAGUAUGCCUUUAUCCAGAUCAUGUUGCACGGCUGCUGGAUUAAUUCUACAAUGGCGAAGCUGUGGGGGGCGACGGGGGGGAAGAUUAAUGACAAGAUCUUCUAUUACGAUAUUGGUGGAGAGUUCUAA